AUGUCUUGCAGAGCGUUUUUCUCGAAAUAUCCACACCUCUUUGAGUACUUCAAACUGCACUCUGCUGUCGACCAGCCGGGAGUGUUCAUGGUGCUAGCCUUACUCACUAAUCUCAGUUCUUCAUACAAUGAUGACACCAAUCCACAUUUAAAUGUACAGUCUUUGGUACAUUUGGUGGCUAGAUAUCGCAGCAGUCCUAUACUGAAAAUACGCAAGAUGGCGUCAGAGGCUGUUUGUUCUUUGCUUACCAAAGAUCAAAUAAAUGAUUAUUUGAUUUCUCUAUUCGAGGAUUUGAUUGGCAGAUUGAAAUUUAAACUGGCCAAUCAGAAUUACCUUCAUGGAUCGUUCGUACAGAUUUCUUUGCUAUUGAAUCACGUGACCAGCAAGGAAGGAAAUGACGUCAACAUCGCCAGUAAACUCGUUUCAUAUGUACACGAAAUCAAAUGGCUAUUUUCAAGUGGUAAUAAUGAUUUUUUUGACGUCGUAUUGACCACGUUACUCGCUACGUCAUCGAUCAGUGAUGUGCGGUUAGAAGUUUUAAAAUUCGUCAGAAAAAUUGCAUCAUCAUUCGGUGUUAUUAAUAAUAAUAGUGAUAGCCACAACAAGAGCAACUAUAAUAAUAAUAUUGAAGAUGACGAUGAGGAGGAAGACGAUUAUUUUUAUUAUAUUAUUAAUAAUUAUAUCAAAAAUAAUAAAAAUGUGACGAUGAGGAAGAUGACAACGAUGAAAGAGAUUAUUGUAAAGGGUCUUACGGAUAGAAUUGUAGAGCUUAUCAUGGCCUACUCCUAUUCUAAUGAUGAAGAUGACGAUAAUAAUAAGAAUAACAAUAACCAUCAUCGUCGUCAUCAUCAUCCCUUCGUUACGCUAGAAGCUUUAAAAAUUAUGGUAAACUUGCUUAAGUGUAGUCACAAUGACAACAACAAUAAUAAUGGUAGAGGUAGUAUCUCUUACGUACUUGAAAGAAAUUCAAUGAUAAAGCUCAUGGAGAAAUGCUUGGAACUUGGAAAGCACUGCAAGAUAGAUGCCAUAAGAGUUAAAUCGAUGGCUGUGUGUUGUUACUUGUGUCGGGUAUUGUUCGACAGAAAUGAUGACGACGACGAAGAUAAAAGUUAUGAUAACAUUUCUGGCCUAAAAUUCGUCUACUUCAAAUUAAUUUCAUCUCUAUGUUCUAUGGAAAGCUCGUCAAAUGACUUGAAAUUAGUUCUAUGUUGUACUUUAUACCUCAAUUGGACCAGCGUGCUACUGCUGCUGCAAGAUGAGGAUGCUGACGUUAGGAAACUCAUCUCAUCAUCAGUUCUCAAACUUUAUCAUCAUCAUCAUCAUCGUAAUUCCGGUGACGUCAUUGGGAAUCCCUCUAAUGAUAAUGACGUAAAAAAUAUAGCAGAAGCUUUGAACCCGGAUUAUGCAUUGAAACUAGCCCUAGAGUUAUUUGUCAACAUUCACUGUUUUGACGAAACGCGUUCUGAUUGGUCGAAAAGGGGCCUCUCCACUCUUUCUCAUUGGCUGGCCUGUGACUUAGUUAAUUAUUCAGAUAAUCGAGAUAUCAGAUUGUUUGAUAGGGGCAUGUUGAAUCCGUAUAAAGACGACUUUAUGUUUGUCGUCAGCAUUUUGAAAGUCAUUCAUAAAGUUAAUAAUAAUAAUAAUAAUAAUAAUAAUAAUAAUAACAAGAACAACAAUAACAAUAUUGAUGCCGCCAAUCUAAUAUGCUGCUUCAGUACAAAGUGCAAGAAUCAUAACGACAAUGAUAACGAAAAUGAAGUCGACGACGACGAUGGUGAUGACAAUUAUAAUGACGAUGAUGAUUUCAGUGCAGCUUGUCCAUGUUGUCAUCAUUUAGAAAACUGGACCGACAAAGGCACAUUGAAUAAUUGGUUGGUUAGUUUAACCAAAAAUCUUGCAUCCACGUCAAGACAACUCCAAAGAACAAAUAUCGAGAUCAUAACCAGGAGGACUGUUUUUAAAAAUCUAUCCCUUGAUUUUCUUAGGACAUUUAGUUCGAUCUCAUUAGUCCAGAGAUAUCUCAUGAAUAUUAAUGGAUGUGAUAAUUCAGCCAAUCAGAGCAGCUGCAAAGAAUCGGUCCAAGAUCUGAUUGGUUCUGAUUUAAACUAUGACGAAUUAUUGGCUCACGUUGUUUAUUUAGUAGACCAUUCAUAA